AUGUUUCAAAUAUUUGUAUCCUCAGACGAUGGCAGCAUUCGGGAUAUGCAUUUAAUCGAUGAUUUUUAUCACAUUAAUAUAACGAAGUGUCCGAAUAAGUAUCCAUUGCUGCCCUAUGAAAAUGAAGAAGGAGAAGAAGUAGAUGAGUGGACUUAUUUCGAGAAUGGUACACUUUGGUACAAUGGUACAUAUCUAAAUUACAUGGACUUUUGUUUUGAUAUAACUUAUGUAGAGGAUUUUGAUUCUGGCAGAUAUUUGUUUUAUGUUGAACCGCAUAUUUGUUAUGAUCCACCCGUGAACUGGAAUGACGUAAUAACGGGUUGCGGUAUGCUCGUCUCGGUGCCAUUUUUUUUGUUGACGAUUUUCAGCCACAGCUGUAUCCUGAAAGCCAAGAGCAACCUUGACAAAUGUAUGAUACCCUAUUUGGGUGCCCUCUCCAUUUCAUAUUCGGUGUUGGGAUUUUUAAAAGUCAACUCAAAUGAAACCUUGCCGGCAUUGGAGUGUGUAGUAGUCGGUUAUAUUAACUAUUUUUGUGUAAUAAGUUAUUUAGUUUGGAACUGCAUUAUAUGCUUUGACAUUUGGUCGAAAGUUACUUCUAUGCUUGCUGGGACAUCAUUUGUAUUUUUAAAAUAUGUCAUUGUGGGCUUAUUGGUUCCCCUAACAAUGACAGGACUGACCUAUGUGGCCCAAACCAGUAAAAUAUCCGAGGAUUUAACACCUGGUAUUAAUGCUGAUCAUUGCAGCAUAGAAACUAGUCGCUGGUCAGCUCUGAUUUAUUUGUAUGGACCCUGUCUGCUAGCUGUUACAUUUAGUAUUGUACUCUAUUGUAAAAUAUUGCGAUAUAUGCACAUGUCUAAAAGAAAUUCACAGCGCUGCGACGAAAGAAACACAUUUUAUUUGAAUUUUCGCCUAUUUGUGUUGAUGUGUGCCACAUGGUCAUUUGAAAUUAUUUCGUAUUUUUUGAAACAGCUUAUAUCCGAAGAUAUACCAUUGUAUUGUAUACCCGAUAUUCUGAAUGCCACACAGGGAAUUACAAUUUUCUACCUCUUUGUCUGCCGAAAAAACAUUCUGGCUACCAUAAGGAACAAAUUGAAAUUCAAUCAUAAUGGACCCUACAGUAAUUCGGUCGAAAUCGAAUCUAUGAUGACAACAAAUUAA